AUGGCUCAGGGGAUAGACCAUUCGCCUUCCAAUCAAGUGAACCGGGCUCAAAUUCCAGUAAUGACGAUUUACCCGGAGCCCUGGACCCCUACUGUUGUUGCCCUCAUCGUUGUUAUAUGUUCCAUCAUCUCUAUCAUUGCACUAUCUGUAUCACUCUUUAUAUUUUUCUAUUUUAAUUGCCUAAAGUGUAGCCGCUUAAAAGUACAUCGAAAUUUAUCGUUUGCAUUACUCCUCAAUCUCGUGUUACUCAUUGUAAUAUCCUCUCCUGUUUUGCUGAAUGUUUCUUACAGAGAUACGGAGUGGCUGUGCAAGAGUGUACUGGUGCUACAAAUGUAUUCGGGAAUGUCAAGUAUAAAUUGGAUGUUUGUGGAAGGUCUUCUUCUGCACAGUCGUGUCACCAUCAACAUAUUUAAGCAGGAUGCUCCCUUCAAAACCUACUACUGCAUUGGAUGGGGCAUUCCUGCUCUCUGCAUUGGUAUUUGGUGCUUUAUGAUGCAUUUAUAUCACAACACAACCUGCUUUAUUGGAUAUGGAAAUCUCCCUUUUAUUUGGGUCAUCACGGGACCCAUGUUGGCUGCAUUAUUGGUAAAUACCGUGUUUCUGAUAGAUAUAAUAAGAGUUUUAGUCACAAAAGGUAAUACUCAUCUGACUGCCGAUACUAACCAAGUGAGAUGCACGCUUUAUGAUGGCCUACCCCAGCAGAAAUACUGUCCCUGGCCUCACACUCAGUCGGCAGUCAACUCAUGUGGUCGCAGGAAAGCAAUCAAAGCCACUGCACUACUUUUUCCUCUACUCGGUAUACCACAUUUGAUAUUUUGUGUUAAUCCGAAAGACAACGGAAAACUAGAAGAUGCUUACAUGAUUUUUAAUGCUUUCGUCAAAUCAACACAGGGUCUGUUUGUAUCUGUUCUUUAUUGUUUCAUGAACAAUGAUGUUCAGACAGCAUUGCGGAAGGCUUAUAUGCGCUCCGUCUUACGCCGCACUCCAAACCAAAGAUACACCUGCCGCACCAGAGGGAUGUCUCAAACUUCUGGAACAUAUCUGUCUCAUUCGGAUGGCAACCCUUUGAGCGAUACGACAGGAAGAUGCAAAGCUUCUUCUUCAAGAGCAGUUUUAAGACUCCAAGAACUCCCUACGAGAAAGGACAUUCGAACAAAACCUGAAUGCAUGACUGUCAUCUUUUAAUUCAUCCACCUUCACAUUCCUAAUGUACAAGCAAACACGUCAGGUCAUGUCCAGAAUGUACGACUGUAACAUUUAAAUAAACCCUCUCCAUAAAUUGUUUGCAAAAUAAAGUGAAACUAUCAAUAUAUCAGUACAGAAAAUGUCCCGUACGCUGUUAGAAUUUUCAUUCUAAAAUU